UAUUAGCCAAGAUGCUGCAUUCACGAAACAGGAAGCUUAAGAGAAUCUCCAGAUUUGUAGGGUUCUUCGUGAUUGUAGGAGCAGGGUGUUACUACAGAAUCAAAGAAAACUUCACUAAAACUGGAAAUUACUUGAAUUCUGAUGAAUUCAUUGAGAAGAAUCCUCUUGUUCCUUCUUUCGUUAAGGAGCUUCAUAGUGAGGGGAAGAACAUCAAUAUCAAGAAGAAGCUUCUUAAGAGCCACAGACUUCCUUUCAUGGAUGAGCAUGAGUUUAGGUACAUGGGCAAGACACUUCUUCAUAAUGAAGGUUUAGACCGCAAGAAUGAGUAUAAACCUAUUGCUCUUCCUAAAGAUUACCGUGAAUAUCAGAAAUUGAGCCAAUAUUACAUUAAAAGAGGUGGAGCCAGAGAAGCUAGUCGUAAGCUUGUUGUGUAUAGAUACUGGCUUCGAAAAUUUAUAUUUCAUUAAAAAUGCCCUCAA